AUGGGCGUAAUAAAAGUGACUCCUGACACCGCCUCUCUCAUCUCGGCUUGCGAUAUGCUCGACGACAUGAAGAGCGAGUCGAGCUACACCUCUUCAGAAGAAGGCUGCGGUGGUGGCGAGCGCCACGCUGUGCUCAGCUACGAACAAGUGCGCAGACUAAAUGACGUUAUGGACGAAGUGGUGGCGAUACCUGGCCGCGGCAACUUCCCCACACUGCACGUGCGACUGAGGGAGCUCGUCGCAGGGGUGAGAGCUCGCCUCGAGGCCGCGCAGACAGAGGGCGGUGCGGGCAUCGCAGUCCGUGAUGUGCGUUUAAACGGCGGCGCCGCCAGUCACGUUCUAGCCGAUCGUCCGCAACCCUAUUCCGACAUCGACCUAAUCUUCACAGCGGAACUGCCAACUGCACGCCAUUGCGAUCGCGUGAAAGCCGCAGUUCUUGGUCAUCUGUCCACUUUGUUACCGGCCACAAACCCCCGACGUCGCGUCACUCCGGCCGGAUUGAAAGAAGCGUACGUCUCAAAAAUGGUGCGCGUCAACUCAGACGGUGACCGCUGGUCACUCAUCUCGCUCGGAAACUCUCGCGGCCAUAAAUCAGUAGAAUUGAAAUUCGUCGACACUAUGCGCCGCCAGUUUGAGUUUUCUGUCGAUUCGUUCCAAAUUGCUUUGGACUCGCUGCUCGCAUUCCACGAAUGCGCUCAGCUGCCGAUAGGCGAGAACUUCUACCCGACUGUGGUAGGUGAAUCCGUAUAUGGAGACUUCAGUGAAGCACUCCUCCAUCUAUCAGAGAAGCUGAUUGCGACACGACAGCCAGAAGAGAUUCGAGGCGGUGGUCUCUUAAAGUACUGCGCCCUUCUGGCAAAAGCCUACCGGCCGGCACGACCAGACAAAAUAAAAACCCUCGAGCGCUACAUGUGCUCGAGAUUCUUCAUAGAUUUCCCGGAACUUGGACAACAACGUGCCAAGCUCGAGGCAUACUUACGGAACCACUUCGUGGGGCGAGAAGAGGAGGCGCUAAAGCACAGGUACCUGACGCUGUUGCAUGGCGUGGUGCGAGAGUCGACAGUGUGCCUGAUGGGACACGAGCGACGGCAGACCUUAGCCCUGAUCGAAGCACUCGCCUGCCGUGAGCUCUGCGCUCGGACCCCCAUGCUGCUACCAGGGAUGGGUAUGGUCCCGGUACUCCCCCCGCCAGGCUACUACCUGUGCGUCACGUGCGCCACCUGCCCGGCGUGCGCUGCGUGCGCCACCGCCUGUUGCGACUGCUCACUAUGCCCCGCG